CGUUCAAAAAAUUAAAGGAUUUGAAAAUUCUGCAGUAAAAAUUGUGUCGUAUUUUCUUCUUGAGUAAAAUUUAUAAGCAAGAGACUGUUUGCGCCUUGUGUAACUAGUUAUGUCCAUCGGACAUAUGUACUGAUUUUACGAAGGGUCGCCCAUGGAAACCAAAUCAGCCAAUCAAAGAAUUUUAGGCUGUGACUUCCAGAAGUUGAUUUGAGACGUCACUGUGAUCGCAAAAUCUGGAACACAGUGCUUGUUAUAUCGAACAUCAAAUUAAAUGUUGUGGUUACUGUUUUUGGCGUCCUUUCUCGAAGGAGCUGUUUCUCAGACACAAUGCCCCCAUGGCUGGACGAAGUGGGGGAUGUCAUGUUACCUGUUUGUUACCCACGUACCUAACGACUGGACGGAAUCUCAGUACUUCUGCCAUAUGUUACAUUCUAAACUUGUGGAGAUAGAGACGAUGGAAGAGGACAACUUCCUCCAGUUACAGGCCAUCAGGCACGUUCACGAAAAUCAAAAGACCUUUGGGUUUUGGAUUGGAGGAACGGAUGCCGUUGUAGAAGGCGAGUGGAUGUGGAUCACCUCUGGACAGAAUUUUACUUACUCUAACUGGGCCCCGGGAUUUCCUGAUGAUUAUCGUAAAAACGAGGACUGUGCCCAUCUCUUCAAGGCUGAACACUUUGAGUGGAAUGAUGAAGAUUGUGACCACAGAAUGAGCUUUAUCUGUGAACUCACACUGGAGGAAACCCCGCUUGUCGUCGUCGGAAAAUGAGAUAAUGUGGGAAAAAUAAAGAAUGGAAAAACGU